CUGUAACAAAUAUACUGCUCAUUUAAUGUUUGUAAUUGUUAAUUAAUGGGAGCUUAUUGUAAAGUGUUACUUGAAAUUAUAUGCAAAAAAGGGACAUCCUCAUAUUCCAGAUAAAAAGCCUCUGCUAAACGGUGACACACACACACAGACACACUCUUUAUAUCUAAAAACAGGGCUGUGCCGAUAACUCUUUGAUAGAAGACUGGUGAGUCACAAGAAGCCCACACAGCGUAUCCCCUCCUCUGGUCACAUCUCUAAAGGUGCGUCUGUAUUCCUGGAUCAAUGAGUCAGCCGUGCCCACACUCACACGCAUGAAUUACGUGGACUCUGGCCUCUCGCCUUUAUUUUGUAUAAACAUAUAAUUUUAAGGAAAACGUCACUGGAACCUUUACAACAUUCUCAAACAUUCUCCGACAUUUUACCAUGUUUGAGGAUGUUUCUGAAUUAAGACUCCUAUUGUCCUAUCAAGACUUCCCUUUUUUAUUUUGGUCAGUUUAUUUAUCUCCGUCUGGAGGGAAACUAUGUUGUGAUUUGUCAGUGAAUCACCUUCCUUUUUCCAUGAUAAAGGAGCACUGCUCAUGUUGACAGCACUUGUGCAUAUCAGAAUAUGUGAGUGCUGACAUUAUAUGAGAGUCUAUGCUUUGAUUUCCUCCGAGACCAUAAUCAAGGAGUCGUUCAGUUUUCCACCUUGUUUAUUCUGCUGUGUGCAUUUAGCGAGGCUGUCAGCCUUCAAAAACAGCUAGAAAGAUAUUUUCUUUCAGUUUUCCUGGUGUUCUUACAUGAGUCAUUUCAGUUAAAGUGAAGUGUCUUUCCAUUACGAUGGCAAACUGGGGAUAUUUGGUCAGAUCAUGAGCUAAUCGGUCAGAAGAACUUAAAAAUAACGUGUUGAGGAAUAAUAACUCUGUGAAAAGGAAGUACACAGCCAUAAUAUUACACUUACAGCUCUCUUAUCAUCUGAAUCACCAUUCACCAUUGAACGCAACAUUUACUCUUCUGCUUUUUAAACACUAAAUUAUAUUUACUUAAUCAUUAGAAAAAAAGCACUUUAGCAUUUCACCAAGGCUUGUGGCAUGGAAAAAGAAGGAAGGGUCUAGCAAUGCCUCUAUAAAGAUUUGAAUUAAAGAAAUAAUAGAGAAGUGGAUAGCUCUUAAAAAUAAAGGCUCAAAAGGGGGGUUUUCAUAGUGAUGCUAUAAAAAAAAACAGUAUGAAGAAACUUUUCUGUGAACCGUUAUUAAAAUAACCUUUUUUUCCCCUCACACUUAUAGUCUGGAAAACAUAAUCUAAAUACAGAACGGUUCCAUGGAUGUUAAAGGUUCUUCAGGAGCCAUAUAAGAUACAAAAUAAAAGACAGAUAGUAAAAGAAAGAGAUCAAAAUGUGUGUUCCUAUUUUGGUUUCAAACAUCUAUUUCAAAUCCCUCUGAAAUUAUGGCAUUCUUCAGAAUUAUGCCCUCCAAUAUCAUCAUAUCUUUGGCUAACCAAGUGAACACAGUAAAACCACACUGACAUACAUGCAGACAAUUGUCAGCCUAGUCUUUAUAAUGAAGGUACUAGACUUUAACUCAAAAGAUGAACUGUAAAUGUCAAGUCAGGGCAGGGUGUCACAUUUUUUAUUAGGGCAGUUGUCAGAUACACUCCCAAUGUUUAAUAUUUUACCCGUUUUGUGUUUUAUAUUUAGUCUACUGUUUAAAUUUACAGCUGAAAAUCCUGUAAUAGGAUGGUUUCUUUGUUACCCCAGUCUUAAGUGAGAACGUGCGUUCAAUAAACUAUCUUUUAGACAAUAAUAACGCUGGAAAUGUUCAACUGGUUUCUGUAGCCAGCCCUUCGAGGUACAAUCGAUACAAAAUUUGACUUUCAAAAAUGAACCAACGCUGAGAAAUAUUUACUGGAGUGUGUGACCUAGUGUUUACUGUUCAGUAGUCCAUCAACUCCACUGUUUGCUCAUCUCAGUUAUGUUUGCUCUUGUAAAUCUCGAGGGUUAAGAAAUGACUGCUUUUCCCCUCACACUGAAAAUUCAUUUCUCGCGUCGCGUCGCGCCACACCUCGUCUCCACUUGACGCGACGCAACAAAAGUAGCUACAACAGUCAACACAGCCGCCUAAUACAGUCUUGUAGUUCAUAACCAGUAGUGUUGAUUCUAAAGGGAGCGUUGUAGUUCUGUCGCGUCGCGUCUGUUUAAUACCUUCUCUCUCAAGUGUGUGAUCCAGUCAGUCACUCCUCCUACAAACAACCCACAGAGAUCAAACCCACCCGAGUCUAACGCGUGGAUUGUGUGGACGACCGCUGGACGGAGCACGGCGGUGCUGCUUCUCAGUACAGCGUUGUGUAUGACGAGCUUUAUUGAUAGAACAGUUUAUUUGCCAUUUGUGCAAUGCUUGGAAACAUGCGUGUUAUUGAAGGAAUAAGAAGUGUCGGCGCGUGAAUAUCCUCUGAAUGACAGCAUGGCUAAACGAAGCACACUAUUCAUCAGGAUUGUGGAAGGAAAGAACCUGCCAAUCAAGGACAUAACUGGAAGCAGUGAUCCAUACUGCAUCGUGAAAAUUGAUAACGAGGCAAUCAUUCGGACAGCAACAAUAUGGAAGACAUUGUCUCCGUUUUGGGGUGAAGAAUACACCGUCCAUCUUCCUCCCUACUUUCGUACGGUGUCUUUUUAUGUCCUGGAUGAGGACUCUCUCAGCCGAGAUGAUGUCAUUGGGAAGGUGUCAAUCAGCAAGGAGCUUCUCGCUGCUAAACCUCAAGGUGUAGAUGGAUGGAUGAACCUAACAGAGAUUGACCCAGAUGAGGAGGUGCAAGGGGAGAUUCACCUCCAGAUUUCGGUGCUGGGAGAUGGAGAUAUUCCACAAAAACUGUGCUGCCAAGUCCUGGAGGCGAGAGAUCUUGCCAAAAAGGAUCGCAAUGGGGCUUCUGAUCCUUUUGUCAGAGUGAGAUACAAUGGCAAAACAUAUGAGAGCGCGGUGGUUAAAAAGUCCUGUUACCCACGGUGGAAUGAAAGUUUUGAGUUUGAGCUGGACGAGACGCUUUCUGACACUGGCCUUUUGAGUGUGGAGGUGUGGGACUGGGAUCUGGUCAGCAGAAACGACUUCCUGGGAAAGGUCCUGUUCAACAUCAACAAGCUUCAGUCUGCCCAGCAAGAGGAGGGCUGGUUUCGCUUGGGGCCUGACAAAUCCAAACACAGUGAAUAUGAAGGAACUCUGGGUUCCUUGCGUCUGCAGCUACGGCUUCGAGACGAGGUCGUGUUGCCAUCCAGCCAUUACAAGCCACUCACAGAGCUACUCAGCCAGUCGGUCGGCUCUCAGCUCAACGGCAACUGGCCUGAUUUCAUCAUGCUGAUUGAUGAGACCACUACAGCGGAGAGCAGACAGGAAGUAGCUAAUAAUCUAGUCAAGCUGUUUUUGGGUCAAGGGCUUGUCAAGGAGUUUUUGGAUGUUCUGUUCAAACUGGAGCUGGAAAAGACUACUGAACCCAACACAUUAUUCCGCAGUAAUUCAUUAGCAUCCAAGUCUAUGGAAUCAUUUUUGAAGGUGGCUGGGAUGCAAUAUCUACACAGGCUUCUGGGCGCGAUAAUAAACCGAAUCUUUGAAGAAAAGAAAUAUGUAGAAUUGGACCCAAGUAAAGUAGAACUGAAAGAGGCAGGGUGUGCAGGUUUGCACCGUCAGCAGACAGAGUCUGAUAUCAUUCAGCAGAGCACCAUCCUCCUGCAGUCGUACCUGUCUGAGCUUCUCACCUCCAUCCGGCAGUCGGCCUCCUACUGCCCCCUGCUCAUCUGCCAGGUUUUCCAUCAACUCUACCUCAGAGUUCAGGAGCGCUUCCCUGACCCAGAGUACCGGAAGGUGAAGUUCAUUGCUGUGACCAGCUUCCUGUGCCUGCGGUUCAUCUCUCCUGCCAUUAUGUCUCCAAAACUAUUUCACCUUCGAGAGAAACAUGCUGAUGCCCGUACCAGCCGCACACUUCUGCUACUUGCCAAAGCCGUGCAGACCAUUGGGAAUAUGGACACUCUUGCAUGCUGCUCUAAAGAGCCGUGGAUGGUCUGCUUGCAGCCAGCCAUACAGCAAGGCAUCACCCAACUCAAAGACUUCAUCAAUAAACUGGUCAACUGCCACGAUUCAGAGGAUCUUGAGCUUCAGACACGAAUGAGUCUCCAGUGUGGCACUAUGGAGAAAGAAGGCUUCCUCUUCCUUCACAGGACCAAGGACAAGUGCAUGCCCAUGACUUCACCCUUUAAGAAGUACUAUGUCACGCUCAGUAAAGACACUCUGUCGUACUCGCGGACGCAGCAUUCUAAAAAAAGCUCGUCUAUUUCGCUGCCAAAGAUCCGGGCCGUAGAGAAGGUGGAGGAGAAGUGCUUCGGCAGUGCUAACGUCAUGCAGAUCAUCUCAAGUGAAGAUUCUGGCCUGCAGGAGACCCUGUACCUCGACUGCAAAAGUGUAAACGAGUUGAAUCACUGGCUGUCAGCUCUGAGGAAAGCCUGCAGUCACAACACAAACACUAUGAGCUGCUAUCAUCCGGGCACCUAUAAAGCAGACAGAUGGAGCUGCUGCCAUCAGAAGGAGAAAUCAGACCCAGGCUGUGAUAAAACCAGGCAUGGAGUGACCCUGCAGGAGUGGUAUGACCCACUGGACCCAGAUCUGGAGGCUCAGCUCAUCUAUCAACAUCUGCGUAGUGUCCAGCAUGCCAUGCGAGAUAAGUAUUAUAAGUUGAGAGAGCAGCAAGGAGUUAAGGAAGCAGAUUCAGUAAGAGAAAUGAAGAAAGUAGAUGGACUAUCAAAGCUCUUCAGUGUUCUCCAAGACCUGCAUGAUGCUCAUGCGGCGGUGGAGGAGGAGGAAAGGUCAAAGAAUAAAAAUGUUUUCUUGGAGUUACAAACGUAAACAAAAGGACUUUUGAACUGGUUGCAUUUCAUACUAUAAUUCACCGAGUCACCGAGCUCAUACGCAGGCUUCAAACCUGCUAUAAUUUGACACAUAGAUGAGAAAAGAAAUACUGUACAGUAAGUUGGAUUUGUUCUUGUAUUCUUUUGAACCGAUUCUUGAUGGUUAGAUGGAUAUUUAGAGGGCUGCGAUCACAAUCCCUUUAUUAAAGGAUAGUUGUGCUGUAUUUGCGAAAUAUUUGGUAUUAAGGACAGUGGUGAUUCAAGUGGGUUGCUAACUCAAAACUGUGUCUUGUUAGCAUUUCUGCAGCUUUUACAUGUAUUCCAACAAAACUUUUUCAACAUUAACUUCGCACAUUAAUCAGCAUCGGUCCUUCUUUAACGUGCUUUUGACUUUACAAAGCACCGUGGAUAUGCAUCUUAUAGCUCUUCCACCAUGUCAUUUUUCAUUAAAUCAGUCUUAUUAGAAUGUUUAUAUAGAUUUUGAAGACGUUCGUUUUUCAUUUCUUUUUUAAAUCUGUAGGUUGAUGGCAAGAGGAGAAUUUUAUUCUUGGAUUUGAAUACCGUGUAAAGCUAAGUCUCAAUGCCUUGUCUGUAUGUGUCAUGUUUUGUUGUUAUGUC